AUGCCCCAGAAUAAAAAAAAUCUACCCAUUAUCGUGAAAUUCAAGAGACAAUCACAGACGGUUUUUGUAACCGCCACCCCUAGAGAGACAUUUGGGGUUUUAGUGACUCGACUAGUUGACACAAUCAAUAAAACAGGCGGCCUCAAACUUGAAAAUGAGCCAAUAGGAUUGGACAAUGAGGAUGAUGAUGGUAAUGAGGAUGCAGAAUUGCCAGAAAUAGAUAUACCGAAGCCUUCAUUUGAAACUGCAAGUAGUGAUGAAGAGCAGCAAAAUUCCGAUGAAAAAGAUACAGACGCUGGAAAUGUCCAAUUAGACGCCGAAAAGUUGAAGUUUGCACUGCCGAGAGAUCCAUCUGAUAUAUAUCAGGGUGGUUUUGAAGAUAUGGACUGUAAGACAUCAGACAAAAUGAGUAAUCUGGCGCUUACCGACUAUUCGGUGAUUGCAUUUGCAUUGAAAGACGAAGAUUUCAGGAUAUGCCAGCCAACGAUCGACGAAGAUGAAGAUGGUGAGUGA